ACACCCCGGGGCCAGGGGACGACAAGGCAACGAUGGCCCGAGAGUUGAGCCAGGAGGCUCUACUGGACUUUCUGUGCCAGGCCGGGGGCCGAGUGACCAAUGCCGCCUUGCUAAACCACUUCAAGAGCUUUCUCCGAGACCCCGACGCGCCCCCCAGCCAGCACCAGCGCCGCCGCGAGCUCUUCAAGGGCUUCGUCAACUCGGUCGCCGCAGUGCGCCAGGACCCCGACGGCACCAAGUACGUGGUGCUCAAGAGGAGGUACAGGGACCUUUUGGGGGAGGAGGGGCUGCAGCGACCCUGCGACCCGCCCGCGGCCGCUUCCCCUGCAGGAGGGUUUGUACCCUGCUACCCGCGAGGCGCGCGCCCGGGAGAGUCGCAGUCGCAGCCGCCGCCGCCGCCGCCGCCGCCGCCCAGGCGGCGGCAGCGCGACCAGGAGCCGGAGGAGGAGCCAGCAGGUGCCGCAGCCCCAGCCGCCGACGCCGGUUGCAAUGGACUCCCCGCCAGUGGCGCCCGGGAGGCGGCCCGGGGAGGCGGCGGGCGGAGGGGCAGCUCCGGCCAUAGGGUCCCGACGAGGUGCGCGGCGGCGGAGACACAGGGCCGCUGCUGCUGGGAAUGCCAGCAAAACGGCCUGGGGGGACUCGGGGGCGACCUGCUGCUCAGCGCAGUCUCGGACCCUGCCACCGCCCGGGAGAGGCCGGCGCGGGCCCCGCGGGCCCAGGAUCACCGCGGGGCUCCCAGGCAGCAGCGGGAAGGAGCGUCCGCUGAACCCGAGCUGGGGUCCGCAGCUCCCCGCUCGCCUCCGACAGCCGUCGGGGCUGCUGGGAGCAGGGCGUCCCCGCCUGCUGUCCUGCCCGGGCCUGCUUUCUCCGGAGAGCUGCAUGAGCUGCUGAGCCCGGGCUCUCUGCAGCAUUCGGCCCUGCUGCAGCAGCGGCGCACUCGCGAAUGGGUGGCCAGACACCCGCAGAGACCCGAGCCCCGGGACCAGGGCCCCAUCCGCGCCUGGUCGGUGCUCCCAGACGAUUUCCCCCAGACACCCGCGCAGCUGAACUUCUGGGUCCCGGAACCUAACUCAGCGCCGCCUGGCCCCUCUCUUUCCUCUCCUGUCUUUCCGGUCGUCCGGGAAUCCUGGCAGGGGAAUCCGUCGUUGACGGUCUUUCGUAGCAUUCGUUGUCAGCUGUCCCUCCAAGAUCUGGAUGACUUUGUGGACCAGGAGAGCCAUGGCAGUGAGGAGAGCAGCAGUGGGCCCAGAGAGUCCCCUGGGGGUUCUGAAGAGGGCCAGCACGUGACCCUGGGGACAGACUGGAGAAAACUCAGGAAUCCAGCUGAGGGUCUUUCUCCAAAGGAGGGCAACUCCAGCAAGAGCCCUCAGGGCCUCAAGCCCGGAGGGGAUGGUCACAUCUCUCAGCAGGUCCCAGCAAGGGCUAAUGGCCUUGCAGGCUCCCCCCAGGAGCCUUUGUCCUGGUCAGUACCCAAGUUAAGGAGAUCCCUCAGGAGGAGCUCUCAGACAGGGAGAGCCAAACUGUCUUCCUCAGAUGAAGAACGCCUCGAGGAGGACUUGCUGAAGAGGACUCGGCGCCCACCCCGGUCCAGGAAACCCUCCAAGGCGGGGGCGGUGCCCAACCCAAGGGUGGAUGCUGCUUUAACACCCAGACCUGCAGAACUUAGGGCUGCUGUUGCUCAGAGGGGUCCACAGCCACACAGCUCAGGGGCCCCAGGUGGGGAGGAGCAUGCAUCCUUGGUCCUGCACAGACCUUCUGAGCACAAAUCAUCCCUGGUGCCCCUGGAUGCCAGGGAGCAUGAGUGGAUUGUCAAGCUUGCCAGUGGCUCUUGGAUUCAGGUGUUGACUUUGUUCUGGGAGGACCCCCAGCUGGCUUUGCACAAAGAUUUCUUGACUGGGUACACGGCCUUGCACUGGAUGGCCAAACAUGGUGACCUCAGGGCUCUUCAGGACCUGGUCUCAGGUGCACAGAAAGCAGGGGUUGCUCUUGAUGUAAAUGUGAAGUCCAGCUGUGGAUAUACCCCUCUGCACCUUGCAGCCAUUCACGGCCACCAGGGGGUCAUCAAAUUGCUAGUGCAAAGGUUGGCUUCUCGGGUGAAUAUCCGGGACAGCAGUGGGAAGAAGCCAUGGCAGUAUCUGACCAGCAACACCUCUGGGGAAAUAUGGCAGCUCCUGGAAGCCCCUCGGGGCAAGCCCAUUUUUCCUGUUUAUCCCCUAGUUCAAAGCUCUUCCCCCACCAGGAAGGCCAGGAGCCGGGAAAUAUCUAGAAAUAUCACGAGAAAGACAUCCUUUGCUGCAUUACUCAAAAGUCAGCACAGCAGAUGGAAAAUGGCCAACCAGUAUGAGAAAUUCCAUACUCCCAGGGAAAGAGAAGAAUAUAGUGACUGAGGUGGGCCCCUCUUUGCUACAUCAUCCACUCUAUCCCUGUACAUGAACUAUUCAGGGAGAGAAUUAAAGGGGAAUAGAAAAAUUGCUGAGAUGUUGGUAAAGAAAGAGGUCAAGUGAGAUGGCCUGCCUAGUGUUUAUCUGCCUGGAUUUUAGGUCAGCAAAUCCUGGACCUUGGGGGUCAUCCACACUUUCUGGCGGCCAAGUCCUUGGGCCAGUGAAACCUAGACCAGGGGCAGAGUGAGGGGCUUAAAACCCUGGAGGUGUUCUUCUUCUUCCGUUGCCAGCAUGGAUCAGGGUACAGUGAGCCACAUUGUUUUCCAAAGCAGUAAUCCCAGGCCUUGGCUAGAGUGAACAAAUGUCUAAGAAAAAGGGAGGCAAUUCCAGGAAGCUCAAACAAAAUCCUCUCUGGCUAGUAGCUCUCUGGCUUCUGCUCAUUUGGAGGAUAAAUCCUGGCUGAGGAGUGAGUGGAAAGCACCAGUUUUGAAAUCAGAUGACUCCCUCUUUAUUUCAUUCCUUUUUCCUCUUUCUCUCCUUCUUUCUCCUCUCUCUCUCUCUCCCUUCCUUCCUUUCCUUUAUUUUAUUUUUUUAAUUUUGUUCUCAUUAAUAUAAAAUC